UUUGCUUUAGGCUGUGCAGUUUGUGAGGAGCCAAACCCACACUGAUCCCACAUGAACCGAGGAUCCCUUGGGGGAAAAGGAGGAUUUGUGGACUUGCAAAAGGAGCAAAUUGUAGAAUCACAAAUCAGCAUUUCCCUGGCCUGGUUCCACAUGAACAUUGCCCGGCUCGGGCAGAGAACAGCUCUGCUCUGUGACCUGCGGGGCUCAAAUAACUCCCAUAAAUAUUUCACACCAAUCUUUUAACUCUCCCUCACAUGAAAUAUUCAGCAGCAGAGGAAAAGUCUCCUCGUGCCUCUGUUGCUCACCCAUUUUUGGCAGUUCCAGCUGCUCAGGGCAAUAAAUCCAUGGCUCUUUUAUUCUUGUUUUUCUCUCUUUUUCCAGCCUUUCCUGGUGUCAGCACGGGGAAAAUACAACUUCAAAAUAACGAGGAAUGCCAAGGUGGGAUUCACUGCAAAAAAAGAGAGCAGAGCCUGCCAGCCUGCCCAGCAGGUUUUUUCUGCCCCGGAGGGAACAGCAGCGUGGUGCCCGUGCCGUGCCCGCCGGGGACGUUCCGCGCCGAAGGGGCGGCGCUGCCCUCGCACCGCUGCCUGCCCUGCCCCGUGGACUUCUCCAACCCCAGGCCUGGCCAAAAAUUCUGUUUUCCCUGUGGCUCCGAGGCGGUGCAGCCUGCAGAGGGGCAGAGAACCUGCGUGUGCCUGGGGAAAGGGCAGGUGUUCCAGCCUCGGGACGGGCUCUGCGCCUGCCCCCCGGGUUUCAGGAGGGCUGGCAGGGAUGGGAAGCUCUGUGCCAGGCUGAGCUACCCCGUGUGCCACCCCCCAGCCUCCCGCAACCAGGACGGGCAGUGCCUGAGCAGCGCGGGAUGGGCUCGGUACUGCUCCCACAAGGUCUGCGCUGUCCCCGAGGAUUUCCGGGGCUAUGACAAAGCCCUUGGCCUCUGCAUUUGUCACUCUGCCAGCCUGGAGGAGAUUUGCAACUCCCAGUGCAGAAUGCAACAAAACCUCCCCCUGCAUCUCUCCUGUGCAGGGGGAAAAGCUCAGCUGGUCAUCACCCACACCAAUGGCAGCAAGACUGCUGUUCUGUUAGAAGGCUCAAGGAAAGUUCUACCAAAUCCAAAUUUCUCCUUGGAAGACGCCUGUGCUGCAGGACAGCAAACGCACCCCGUGCACGUCGUGGAGAUGGGCGAGAAAGGAUUUUUAGGGGUUUAUAAUCCUGACCCUCAGCGAAUCCACGACCUCCUCAUGCUGGACGAGGCUCCCUCACUCCAUAAAACUCCAGAUCCCGGGGAGCGCAGGGAGCAAAUCCCGACCCCCCCAAAUUCCACAUCCAAAUCCAAAUCCCAAUUUUUGGGCAUCCUCAACCCCACCGUGUGCAUCGGCCCCAGCGAGACCCUGCUGUUCCUCCUGUCCAGGGAGCAUUUCCCGCUUUAUGACGUGUGAGUAAAACCAGACAAUUCCAAUUUAGUUUAAUUUCUUAUUUUAUAAAAAACUCAGCCAAGGCAAUUUUACCUCAGCACAGAGAAAUUCUUCACUUUUUCCCAACCUGGAUUGAAAGGAAACGCGAGUGGGAACAGCAAAAUUCGAAUUAUUUGGCCAAAAUUCAGUGUAUUUUUCACAGAGAGGGCUGUGCACUGUAGGAAACAGCGUUUAAAUCAGUAAGAAAUUAAAUAUUUAUUCAUUAAAAUAGGCAAAAUCCAAUCUGUACUUCCAGCUCCUGAUCCCUGGCCGGGCUGUUCCUGACCUAGGAGGGCUCCCAGGGAUUA